AAUAGGCUGUGUGCGCGGAGUGUCGUUUAGUCUCUUAGUCUUCAGACGAGUGCUUCUGUAGCUAUGGCGACUGGCAGGCUGUACGAUCUGAUUAUCUUCGGCGCCACCGGUUUUACCGGCCAGUAUGUGGUAGAGGAGCUGGCUCGGGUGGUGUCCGAGACAAAUAGCCCGCGGCAGCUCACCUGGACCGUGGCCGGUAGGAACCGCACUAAGCUGGAGGAAGUAUUGGGACGGGCGGCCAGCGCUCUUGGAAUACCAGAGCUGAAGUCUAAAGAAUGUAUAAUCUGUGAUAUGAAUGAUCCACUCUCACUUGCUGCAAUGUGCCAGCAGGGAUCAGUGAUCAUCAACUGCGUGGGACCAUACAGACUUUUCGGUGAGCCAGUGGUGAAGGCCUGUGUUGAAAAUGGAACUCACUAUGUUGAUAUUAGUGGUGAACCUCAGUUUUUGGAAGGCAUGCAACUAAAAUAUGACCAUCAAGCUGCUGAAAAAGGAGUAUAUAUAGUUGGAAGCUGUGGUUUUGAUUCCAUCCCAGCAGAUAUGGGCAUAUUGUUUACCAGGAACCAAUUGAAAGGUACUCUAACUGCAGUUGAAAGCUUCGUAUUAAUAAAAUCAGGACCUGAGGGUGCCAGUUUUCAUGAAGGAACUUGGCAAUCGGCAGUCCAUGGACUGUCUGAUCAGGAUAAUCUGAGAAAACUGAGGAGACAGUUUGGACAUAAACCCCUUCCAGUUGUGGGGACCAAGCUAACACGGAGAGGAUCACUAUUUUAUAGUGAUGCAUUGAAUCAAUAUGCAAUCCCAUUCAUGGGAUCUGAUGCUUCUGUAGUUAAACGCACCCAACGUUAUCUGCAUGAGAACUUGAAAGAAAGCCCUGUCCAAUAUGGUGCUUACGCUGCUAUAGGUGGAAUUCGAUCAGUCAUACUUCUCAUGGUAGCUGGUUUCGUUUUCUGGUGUUUCUCAAAGUGUAAAUUGGGAAGAAAUCUUCUAAUCAAAUAUCCAGAGUUUUUCUCGUUUGGAUAUUUUACAAGACAAGGACCAACCAAAAAACAGAUAGAAGGCACCUCUUUCAGCUUCACCUUCUUUGGUGAAGGGUAUCCAGAAGGUGUAGAUCCACAGCAAGGCAAACCUUCAGUAAAAAUCUGCACUCAAGUGAGAGGGCCAGAACCUGCUUAUGUUGCGACAUCAAUAGCUAUGGUACAGGCAGCUGUUACCAUACUUUGGGAACACAAGUUUCUGCCCAAUCGGGGUGGGGUGUACUCACCUGGAGCAGCGUUCUCGAAGACCACUCUGAUUGAAAGACUGAACAAAAAUGGCAUUGAGUUCAGUGUCAUCAGCAAGCCUGAAGCAUAAGUGCUUCCACACGAUUUGAGUCCUCGGAGUGUGGUGGUUCAUUGUCCUGCUAUUUACUACAUUGACAAGAUUUGUACUUGAUAAUUAACAGCUUUUUUGCAGCAAUUAGCUCAUGUAAUAUAAUGAACAAGAAUGCGAAAUAGUUUGAGACUUGCUUUUGAGGACACAGUGUUCUGAUGGUAAUUAAACUUGUUGAAUGUAA